UAAUGUAAUCAUCAAAUCCCUAGAUUAUAUACGCCGUUGUUGUAAGAGGUUCAAAUGUUGUCUUGUCAGAGUAUUCAAUAGCUAAGGGUAACUAUAUUGCAUUUGCUAAAACAAUUAUUUCAAAAGUAAAGUGAUAUUGUAUACUAAAGGUUAACUAAUAAAAUGCUAAGAAAUCAUUUAAUUAUGAAUAAUAUGAGUUUCAUAUUUUGGUAGAAGAUGGAUUUUCUUUUUUGAUAAUGGCUGAAAGAGGAUUAAAGAUGAGAAUUGCAUUUGCUUGUUUGGAGGAUAUGAAAUAGAAAUUUUUCUAAAUGUUUCAGCCAUAAUAAAGAGAUUAAGCUAUAUCGUAUGGGUUAAAUUCCUAAUUUUCUAUUGUAAGAAUAUAUUUCAACCUAUGAAAGGAAUAAAAAAACAAAAUUGAAUAUUAUAAUUCUCCCUAGGCAGAUAAAUUAAGAUUGGUUUCUGAUAACAUUUAGCAAACUAAAGAAGUAAUGAUGGAAAAUCUAGACAAAUUAUUAGAAAGAGGAGAGAAAAUAGACAUUCUUGUAGAAAAAACAAAUGUAAUGGUUAAGUAAAAAAUUUAAUAACUUUAGCAUUUCAACAAGUAUGAAAGAGAAUGCUACAACUUUAAGAAGAUAAAUGUGGUGGAGAAACAAAAAAAUGACAAUUAUUCUUGUAUUGGUAGGAUUAUUGGCUAUUUACAUAAUUAUGGUUAUUGCAUGCGGAGGAUUUGCUAUGCAUAGAUGUUUUGGUAGUAGCGAUUGAU